GUCUUGGCCAAGGUGUCUUGGCUAAGGUGUCUUGGCUAAUGUGUCUUGGCUAAUGUGUCUUGGCUAAGGUGUCUCGGCUAAUGUGUCUUGGCGAAUGUGUCUUGGCUAAUGUGUCUUGGCUAAGGUGUCUUGGCUAAUGUGUCUUGGCUAAGGUGUCUUGGCUAAGGUGUCUUGGCUAAUGUGUCUUGGCUAAGGUGUCUUGGCUAAAGUGUCUCGGCUAAUAUGUCUUGGCUAAGGUGUCUUGGCUAAAGUGUCUUGGCUAAUGUGUCUUGGCUAAGGUGUCUUGGCUAAUGUGUCUUGGCUAAGGUGUCUUGGCUAAUGUGUCUUGGCUAAGGUGUCUUGGCUAAUGUGUCUCGGCUAAGGUGUCUCGGCUAAGGUGUCUUGGCUAAGGUGUCUCGGCUAAUGUGUCUUGGCUAAUGUGUCUUGGCUAAUGUGUCUUGGCUAAGGUGUCUUGUCUAAUGUGGCUCGGCUGAUGUGUCUUGGCUAAGGUGUCUAGGCUAAUGUGUCUUGGCUAAGGUGUCUUGGCUAAUGUGUCUCGGCUAAUGUGUCUUGGCUAAUGUGUCUUGGCUAAGGUGUCUUGGCUAAUGUGUCUUGGCUAAGGUGUCUUGGCUAAUGUGUCUCGGCUAAUGUGUCUUGGCUAAGGUGUCUUGGCUUAGGUGUCUUGGCUAAUGUGGCUCGGCUAAUGUGUCUUGGCCAAGGUGUCUUGGCUAAUGUGUCUCGGCUAAUGUGUCUUGGCUAAUGUGUCUCGGCUAAGGUGUCUUGGCUAAUGUGUCUCGGCUAAGGUGUCUUGGCUAAUGUGUCUCGGCUAAUGUGUCUUGGCUAAUGUGUCUUGGCUAAGGUGUCUUGGGUAAUGUGUCUUGGCUAAGGUGUCUUGGCUAAAGUUUCUCGGCUAAUGUGUCUUGGCUAAUGUGUCUUGGCUAAGGUGUCUCGGCUAAUGUGUCUUGGCUAAGGUGUCUUGGCUAAUGUGUCUUGGCUAAUGUGUCUUGGCUAAUGUGUCUCGGCUAAUGUGUCUUGGCUAAGGUGUCUUGGCUAAGGUGUCUUGGCUAAUGUGUCUUGGCUAAGGUGUCUUGGCUAAUGUGUCUUGGCUAAGGUGUCUCGGCUAAUGUGUCUCGGCUAAUGUGUCUUGGCUAAGGUGUCUUGGCUAAUGUGUCUUGGCUAAUGUGUCUUGGCUAAGGUGUCUUGGCCUAGGUGUCUCGGCUAAUGUGUCUUGGCUAAGGUGUCUUGGGUAAGGUGUCUUGGCUAAUGUGUCUCGGCUUAUGUGUCUUGGCUAAUGUGUCUUUGCUAAUGUGUCUUGGCUAAGGUGUCUUGGCUAAGGUGUCUAGGCUUAUGUGUCUUGGCUAAGGUGUCUUGGCUAAUGUGUCUUGGCUAAGGUGUCUUGGCUAAUGUGUCUUGGCUAAUGUGUCUUGGCUAAUGUGUCUUGGCUAAUGUGUCUUGGCUAAGGUGUCUUGGCUAAUGUGUCUUGGCUAAUGUGUCUUGGCUAAGGUGUCUUGGCUAAUGUGUCUUGGCUAAUGUGUCUCGGCUAAUGCGUCUCGGCUAAUGUGUCUUAGCUAAGGUGUCUUGGCUAAGGUGUCUUGGCUAAUGUGUCUUGGCUAAGGUGUCUUGGCUAAUGUGUCUCGGCUAAUGUGUCUUGGCUAAUGUGUGUUGGCUAGGGUGUCUUGGCUAAUGUGUCUUGGCUAAGGUGUCUUGGCUAAUGUGUCUCGGCUUAUGUGUCUUGGCUAAGGUGUCUUUGGUAAUGUGUUUUGGCUAAGGUGUCUUGGCUAAGGUGUCUUGGCUAAGGUGUCUUGGCUAAUGUGUCUUGGCUAAUGUGGCUUGGCUAAGGUAUCUUGGCUAAGGUGUCUUGCCUAAUGUGUCUCGGCUAAGGUGUCUUGGGUAAGGUGUCUUGGCUAAUGUGUCUCGGCUAAUGUGUCUUGGCUAAUGUCUCUUGGCUAAGGUGUCUUGGCUAAGGUUUCUUGGGUUAUGUGUCUUGGCUAAUGUGUCUUGGCUAAGGUGUCUUGGCUAAUGUGUCUCUGCUAAUGUGUCUUGGCUAAGGUGUCUUGGCUAAUGUGUCCUGGCUAAGGUGUCUUGGCUAAUGUGUCUUGGCUAAGGUGUCUUGGCUAAUGUGUCUCGGCUAAGGUGUCUUGGCUAAUGUGUCUUGGCUAAGGUGUCUCGGCUAAUGUGUCUCGGCUAAUGUGUCUUGGCUAAGGUGUCUUGGCUAAUGUGUCUUGGCUAAUGUGUCUUGGCUAAGGUGUCUUGGCUAAGGUGUCUCGGCUAAUGUGUCUUGGCUGAGGUGUCUUGGGUAAGGUGUCUUGGCUAAUGUGUCUCGGCUAAUGUGUCUUGGCUAAUGUGUCUUUGCUAAUGUGUCUUGGCUAAGGUGUCUUGGCUAAGGUGUCUAGGCUAAUGUGUCUUGGCUAAGGUGUCUUGGCUAAUGUGUCUUGGCUAAGGUGUCUUGGCUAAUGUGUCUUGGCUAAUGUGUCUUGGCUAAGGUGUCUUGGCUAAUGUGUCUCGGCUUAUGUGUCUUGGCUAAUGUGUCCCGGCUAAGGUGUCUUGGCUAAGGUGUCUUGGCUAAGGUGUCUUGGCUAAUGUGUCUCGGCUAAUGUGUCUUGGCUAAGGUGUCUUGGCUAAUGUGUCUUGGCUAAGGUGUCUUGGCUAAUGUGUCUCGGCUAAUGUGUCUUGGCUAAGGUGUCUUGGCUAAUGUGUCUUGGCUAAUGUGUCUUGGCUAAUGUGUCUUGGCUAAUGUGUCUUGGCUAAUGUGUCUUGGCUAAGGUGUCUUGGCCAAGGUGUCUUGGCUAAUGUGUCUUGGCUAAGGUGUCUUGGCUAAGGUGUCUUGGCUAAUGUGUCUCGGCUAAUGUGUCUUGGCUAAGGUGUCUUGGCUAAGGUGUCUUGGCUAAUGUGGCUCGGCUAAUGUGUCUUGGCUAAGGUGUCUUGGCUAAUGUGUCUUGGCUAAGGUGUCUUGGCUAAUGUGUCUCGGCUAAUGUGUCUUGGCUAAUGUGUCUUGGCUAAGGUGUCUCGGCUAAUGUGUCUUGGCGAAUGUGUCUUGGCUAAUGUGUCUUGGCUAAGGUGUCUUGGCUAAUGUGUCUCGGCUAAUGUGUCUUGGCUAAGGUGUCUUGGCUAAUGUGUCUUGGCUAAGGUGUCUUGGCUAAAGUGUCUCGGCUAAUAUGUCUUGGCUAAGGUGUCUUGGCUAAAGUGUCUUGGCUAAUGUGUCUUGGCUAAGGUGUCUUGGCUAAGGUGUCUUGGCUAAGGUGUCUUGGCUAAUGUGUCUUGGCUAAGGUGUCUUGGCUAAUGUGUCUCGGCUAAGGUGUCUCGGCUAAGGUGUCUUGGCUAAGGUGUCUCGGCUAAUGUGUCUUGGCUAAUGUGUCUUGGCUAAUGUGUCUUGGCUAAGGUGUCUUGUCUAAUGUGGCUCGGCUGAUGUGUCUUGGCUAAGGUGUCUAGGCUAAUGUGUCUUGGCUAAUGUGUCUUGGCUAAGGUGUCUUGGCUAAUGUGUCUUGGCUAAUGUGUCUUGGCUAAGGUGUCUUGGCUAAUGUGUCUUGGCUAAUGUGUCUCGGCUAAUGCGUCUCGGCUAAUGUGUCUUAGCUAAGGUGUCUUGGCUAAGGUGUCUUGGCUAAUGUGUCUUGGCUAAGGUGUCUUGGCUAAUGUGUCUCGGCUAAUGUGUCUUGGCUAAUGUGUCUUGGCUAAGGUGUCUUGGCUAAUGUGUCUUGGCUAAGGUGUCUUGGCUAAUGUGUCUCGGCUUAUGUGUCUUGGCUAAGGUGUCUUUGGUAAUGUGUCUUGGCUAAGGUGUCUUGGCUAAGGUGUCUUGGCUAAGGUGUCUUGGCUAAUGUGUCUCGGCUAAGGUGUCUUGGCUAAGGUGUCUUGGCUAAUGUGUCCUGCCUAAGGUGUCUUGGCUAAUGUGUCUUGGCUAAGGUGUCUUGGGUAAUGUGUCUUGGCUAAGGUGUCUUGGCUAAUGUGUCUUGGCUAAGGUGUCUCGGCUAAUGUGUCUCGGCUAAUGUGUCUUGGCUAAGGUGUCUUGGCUAAUGUGUCUUGGCUAAGGUGUCUUGGCUAAUGUGUCUCGGCUAAUGUGUCUUGGCUAAGGUGUCUUGGCUAAUGUGUCCUGGCUAAGGUGUCUUGGCUAAUGUGUCUUGGCUAAGGUGUCUUGGCUAAUGUGUCUCGGCUAAGGUGUCUUGGCUAAUGUGUCUUGGCUAAGGUGUCUCGGCUAAUGUGUCUCGGCUAAUGUGUCUUGGCUAAGGUGUCUUGGCUAAUGUGUCUUGGCUAAUGUGUCUUGGCUAAGGUGUCUUGGCUAAGGUGUCUCGGCUAAUGUGUCUUGGCUGAGGUGUCUUGGGUAAGGUGUCUUGGCUAAUGUGUCUCGGCUAAUGUGUCUUGGCUAAGGUGUCUUUGGUAAUGUGUCUUGGCUAAGGUGUCUUGGCUAAGGUGUCUUGGCUAAUGUGUCUUGGCUAAGGUGUCUUGGCUAAUGUGUCUUGGCUAAUGUGUCUUGGCUAAGGUGUCUUGGCUAAUGUGUCUCGGCUUAUGUGUCUUGGCUAAUGUGUCUUGGCUAAGGUGUCUUGGCUAAGGUGUCUUGGCUAAGGUGUCUUGGCUAAUGUGUCUCGGCUAAUGUGUCUUGGCUAAGGUGUCUUGGCUAAUGUGUCUUGGCUAAGGUGUCUUGGCUAAUGUGUCUUGGCUAAGGUGUCUUGGCUAAGGUGUCUUGGCUAAGGUGUCUUGGCUAAUGUGUCUCGGCUAAUGUGUCUUGGCUAAGGUGUCUUGGCUAAUGUGUCUUGGCUAAGGUGUCUUGGCUAAUGUGUCUCGGCUAAUGUGUCUUGGCUAAGGUGUCUUGGCUAAUGUGUCUUGGCUAAUGUGUCUUGGCUAAGGUGUCUUGGCUAAGGUGUCUUGGCUAAUGUGUCUUGGCUAAGGUGUCUUGGCUAAUGUGUCUUGGCUAAGGUGUCUCGGCUAAGGUGUCUUGGCUAAUGUGUCUUGGCAAAGGUGUCUUGGCUAAUGUGUCUCGGCUAAUGUGUCUUAGCUAAGGUGUCUUGGCUAAGGUGUCUUGGCUAAUGUGUCUCGGCUAAUGUGUCUUGGCUAAUGUGUCUUGGCUAAUGUGUCUUGGCUAAGGUGUCUUGGCUAAUGUGUCUUGGCUAAAGUGUCUUGGCUAAUGUGUCUCGGCUUAUGUGUCUUGGCUAAUGUGUCUUGGCUAAGGUGUCUCGGCUAAUGUGUCUUGGCUAAGGUGUCUUGGCUAAUGUGUCUUGGCUAAGGUGUCUUGGCUAAUGUGUCUCGGCUAAUGUGUCUUGGCUAAGGUGUCUUGGCUAAUGUGUCUUGGCUAAUGUGUCUUGGCUAAGGUGUCUUGGCUUAGGUGUCUCGGCUAAUGUGUCUUGGCUAAGGUGUCUUGGGUAAGGUGUCUUGGCUAAUGUGUCUCGGCUUAUGUGUCUUGGCUAAUGUGUCUUUGCUAAUGUGUCUUGGCUAAGGUGUCUUGGCUAAGGUGUCUAGGCUUAUGUGUCUUGGCUAAGGUGUCUUGGCUAAUGUGUCUUGGCUAAGGUGUCUUGGCUAAUGUGUCUUGGCUAAGGUGUCUUGGCUAAGGUGUCUUGGCUAAUGUGUCUUGGCUAAUGUGUCUUGGCUAAGGUGUCUUGGCUAAUGUGUCUUGGCUAAGGUGUCUUGGCUAAUGUGUCUCGGCUUAUGUGUCUUGGCUAAGGUGUCUUUGCUAAUGUGUCUUGGCUAAGGUGUCUUGGCUAAGGUGUCUAGGCUAAUGUGUCUUGGCUAAGGUGUCUUGGCUAAUGUGUCUCGGCUUAUGUGUCUUGGCUAAGGUGUCUUUGCUAAUGUGUCUUGGCUAAGGUGUCUUGGCUAAUGUGUCUUGGCUAAGGUGUCUCGGCUAAUGUGUCUCGGCUAAUGUGUCUUGGCUAAGGUGUCUUGGCUAAUGUGUCUUGGCUAAUGUGUCUUGGCUAAGGUGUCUUGGCUAAGGUGUCUCGGCUAAUGUGUCUUGGCUGAGGUGUCUUGGGUAAGGUGUCUUGGCUAAUGUGUCUCGGCUAAUGUGUCUUGGCUAAUGUGUCUUUGCUAAUGUGUCUUGGCUAAGGUGUCUUGGCUAAAGUGUCUUGGCUAAUGUGUCUUGGCUAAGGUGUCUUGGCUAAUGUGUCUUGGCUAAGGUGUCUUGGCUAAUGUGUCUUGGCUAAUGUGUCUUGGCUAAGGUGUCUUGGCUAAUGUGUCUUGGCUUAUGUGUCUUGGCUAAUGUGUCUUGGCUAAGGUGUCUUGGCUAAUGUGUCUUGGCUAAGGUGUCUUGGCUAAUGUGUCUCGGCUAAUGUGUCUUGGCUAAGGUGUCUUGGCUAAUGUGUCUUGGCUAAGGUGUCUUGGCUAAUGUGUCUCGGCUAAUGUGUCUUGGCUAAGGUGUCUUGGCUAAGGUGUCUUGGCUAAUGUGUCUUGGCUAAGGUGUCUUGGCUAAUGUGUCUUGGCUAAUGUGUCUUGGCUAAGGUGUCUUGGCUAAGGUGUCUUGGCUAAUGUGUCUUGGCUAAGGUGUCUUGGCUAAUGUGUCUUGGCUAAGGUGUCUUGGCUAAUGUGUCGCGGCUAAUGUGUCUUGGCUAAGGUGUCUUGGCUAAGGUGUCUUGGCUAAUGUGGCUCGGCUAAUGUGUCUUGGCUAAGGUGUCUUGGCUAAUGUGUCUUGGCUAAGGUGUCUUGGCUAAGGUGUCUUGGGUAAUGUGUCUUGGCUAAUGUGUCUUGGCUAAGGUGUCCCGGCUAAUGUGUCUUGGCGAAUGUGUCUUGGCUAAUGUGUCUUGGCUAAGGUGUCUUGGCUAAUGUGUCUCGGCUAAUGUGUCUUGGCUAAGGUGUCUUGGCUAAUGUGUCUUGGCUAAGGUGUCUUGGCUAAAGUGUCUCGGCUAAUAUGUCUUGGCUAAGGUGUCUUGGCUAAAGUGUCUUGGCUAAUGUGUCUUGGCUAAGGUGUCUUGGCUAAUGUGUCUUGGCUAAGGUGUCUUGGCUAAUGUGUCUUGGCUAAGGUGUCUUGGCUAAUGUGUCUCGGCUAAGGUGUCUCGGCUAAGGUGUCUUGGCAAAGGUGUCUCGGCUAAUGUGUCUUGGCUAAUGUGUCUUUGCUAAUGUGUCUUGGCUAAGGUGUCUUGGCUAAGGUGUCUUGGCUAAUGUGUCUUGGCUAAUGUGUCUUGGCUAAGGUGUCUUGGCUAAGGUGUCUUGGCUAAGGUGUCUUGGCUAAUGUGUCUUGGCUAAGGUGUCUUGGCUAAGGUGUCUUGGCUAAUGUGUCUUGGCUAAGGUGUCUUCGCUAAGGUGUCUUAGCUAAUGUGUCUCGGCUAAGGUGUCUUGGCUAAUGUGUCUUGGCUAAGGUGUCUUGGCUAAUGUGUCUUGGCUAAUGUGUCUUGGCUAAGGUGUCUUGGCUAAGGUGUCUUGGCUACGGUGUCUUGUCUAAUGUGGCUCGGCUGAUGUGUCUUGGCUAAGGUGUCUAGGCUAAUGUGUCUUGGCUAAGGUGUCUUGGCUAAUGUGUCUCGGCUAAUGUGUCUUGGCUAAUGUGUCUUUGCUAAUGUGUCUUGGCUAAGGUGUCUUGGCUAAGGUGUCUUGGCUAAUGUGUCUUGGCUAAUGUGUCUUGGCUAAUGUGUCUUGGCUAAGGUGUCUUGGCUAAGGUGUCUUGGCUAAUGUGUCUUGGCUAAGGUGUCUUGGCUAAUGUGUCGCGGCUAAUGUGUCUUGGCUAAGGUGUCUUGGCUAAGGUGUCUUGGCUAAUGUGGCUCGGCUAAUGUGUCUUGGCUAAGGUGUCUUGGCUAAUGUGUCUUGGCUAAGGUGUCUUGGCUAAGGUGUCUUGGGUAAUGUGUCUUGGCUAAUGUGUCUUGGCUAAGGUGUCCCGGCUAAUGUGUCUUGGCGAAUGUGUCUUGGCUAAUGUGUCUUGGCUAAGGUGUCUUGGCUAAUGUGUCUCGGCUAAUGUGUCUUGGCUAAGGUGUCUUGGCUAAUGUGUCUUGGCUAAGGUGUCUUGGCUAAAGUGUCUCGGCUAAUAUGUCUUGGCUAAGGUGUCUUGGCUAAAGUGUCUUGGCUAAUGUGUCUUGGCUAAGGUGUCUUGGCUAAUGUGUCUUGGCUAAGGUGUCUUGGCUAAUGUGUCUUGGCUAAUGUGUCUUGGCUAAGGUGUCUUGGCUAAGGUGUCUUGGCUAAUGUGUCUUGGCUAAUGUGUCUUGGCUAAGGUGUCUCGGCUAAUGUGUCUUGGCUAAGGUGUCUUGGCUAAUGUGUCUUAGCUAAGGUGUCUUGGCUAAGGUGUCUUGGCUAAGGUGUCUCGGCUAAUGUGUCUUGGCUAAGGUGUCUUGGCUAAGGUGUCUUGGCUAAGGUGUCUUGGCUAAUGUGUCUCGGCUAAUGUGUCUUGGCUAAUGUGUCUUGGCUAAGGUGUCUUGGCGAAUGUGUCUCGGCUAAUGUGUCUUGGCUAAUGUGUCUUGGCUAAUGUGUCUCGGCUAAGGUGUCUUGGCUAAUGUGUCUUGGCUAAGGUGUCUCGGCUAAUGUGUCUUGGCUAAUGUGUCUUGGCUAAGGUGUCUUGGCUAAUGUAUCUCGGCUAAUGUGUCUUGGCUAAUGUGUCUUGUUUAAGGUGUCUUGGCUAAGGUGUCUUGGCUAAGGUGUCUUGGCUAAUGUGUCUUGGCUACUGUGUCUCGGCUAAGGUGUCUUGGCUAAUGUGUCUCGGCUAAUGUGUCUUGGCUAAUGUGUCUUGGCUAAUGUGUCUUGGCUAAUGUGUCUUGGCUAAUGUGUCUUGGCUAAGGUGUCUUGGCUAAUGUGUCUUGGCUGAUGUGUCUUGGCUUAUGUGUCUCGCCUAAUGUGUCUUGGCUAAUGUGUCUUGGCUAAGGUGUCUUGGCUAAGGUGUCUUGGCUAAUGUGUCUCGGCUAAUGUGUCUUGGCUAAUGUGUCUUGGCUAAGGUGUCUUGGCUAAUGUGUCUCGGCUUAUGUGUCUUGGCUAAUGUGUCUUGGCUAAGGUGUCUUGGCUAAGGUGUCUUGGCUAAGGUGUCUUGGCUAAUGUGUCUUGGCUAAGGUGUCUUGGCUAAGGUGUCUUGGCUAAUGUGUCUUGGCUAAGGUGUCUUCGCUAAGGUGUCUUAGCUAAUGUGUCUCGGCUAAGGUGUCUUGGCUAAUGUGUCUUGGCUAAGGUGUCUUGGCUAAUGUGUCUCGACUAAUGUGUCUUGGCUAAGGUGUCUUGGCUAAGGUGUCUUGGGUAAUGUGUCUAAUGUGCCUUAGCUAAGGUGUCUUGGCUAAGGUGUCUUGGCUAAGGUGUCUUGGCUAAUGUGUCUUGGCUAAUGUGUCUUGGCUAAGGUGUCUUGGCUAAUGUGUCUUGGCUAAGGUGUCUUGGCUAAUGUGUCUUGGCUAAGGUGUCUUGGCUAAUGUGUCUUGGCUAAGGUGUCUUGGCUAAUGUGUCUUGGCUAAAGUGUCUUUACUUAUUUGUCUCGGCUAAUGUGUCUUAGCUAAGGUGUCUUGGCUAAGGUGUCUUGGCUAAUGUGUCUUGGCUAAUGUGUCUUGGCUAAGGUGUCUUGGCUAAGGUGUCUUGGCUAAUGUGUCUUGGCUAAUGUGUCUCGGCUAAUGUGUCUUGGCUAAUGUGUCUUGGCUAAUGUGUCUUGGCGAAUGUGUCUUGGCUAAUGUGUCUUGGCUAAUGUGUCUCGGCUAAGGUGUCUUGGCUAAUGUGUCUUGGCUAAGGUGUCUCGGCUAAUGUGUCUUGGCUAAUGUGUCUUGGCUAAGGUGUCUUGGCUUAUGUGUCUCGGCAAAUGUGUCUUGGCUAAUGUGUCUUGUUUAAGGUGUCUUGGCUAAGGUGUCUUGGCUAAGGUGUCUUGGCUAAUGUGUCUUGGCUAAGGUGUCUUGGCUAAUGUGUCUUGGCUAAGGUGUCUUGGCUAAUGUGUCUUGGCUAAGGUGUCUUGGCUAAUGUGUCUCGGCUAAUGUGUCUUGGCUAAUGUGUCUUGGCUAAUGUGUCUUGGCUAAUGUGUCUUGGCUAAUGUGUCUUGGCUAAGGUGUCUUGGCUAAUGUGUCUUGGCUGAUGUGUCUUGGCUAAUGUGUCUCGCCUAAUGUGUCUUGGCUAAUGUGUCUUGGCUAAUGUGUCUUGGCUAAGGUGUCUUGGCUAAGGUGUCUUGGCUAAGGUGUCUUGGCUAAGGUGUCUUGGCUAAGGUGUCUUGGCUAAUGUGUCUCGGCUAAUGUGUCUUGGCUAAGGUGUCUUGGCUAAUGUGUCUCGGCUUAUAUGUCUUGGCUAAGGUGUCUUGGCUAAGGUGUCUUGGCUAAUGUGUCUCGGCUAAUGUGUCUCGGCUAAGGUGUCUUGGCUAAUGUGUCUUGGCUAAGGUGUCUUGGCUAAGGUGUCUUGGCUAAGGUGUCUUGGCUAAGGUGUCUUGGCUAAGGUGUCUUGGCUAAUGUGUCUUGGCUAAUGUGUCUUGGCUAAGGUGUCUUGGCUAAUGUGUCUUGGUUAAUGUGUCUUGGCUAAGGUGUCUUGGCUAAUGUGUCUUGGCUAAGGUGUCUUGGCUAAAGUGUCUUGGCUAAGGUGUCUUGGCUUAUGUGUCUCGGCUAAUGUGCCUUGGCUAAGGUGUCUUGGCUAAGGUGUCUUGGCUAAGGUGUCUUGGGUAAUGUGUCUCGGCUAAUGUGUCUUUGCUAAGGUGUCUUGGCUAAGGUGCCUUGGCUAAUGUGUCUUGGCUAAGGUGUCUUGGCUAAGGUGUCUCGGCAAAUGUGUCUUGGCUAAUGUGUCUUGCCUAAUGUGUCUUGGCUAAUGUGUCUUGGCUAAGGUGUCUUGGCUAAGGUGUCUCGGCUAAUGUGUCUUGGCUAAUGUGUCUUGGCUAAGGUGUCUUAGCGAAUGUGUCUCGGCUAAUGUGUCUUGGCUAAUGUGUCUUGGCUAAUGUGUCUUGGCUAAUGUGUCUUGGCUAAUGUGUCUCGGCUAAGGUGUCUUGGCUAAUGUGUCUUGGCUAAAGUGUAUCGGCUAAUGUGUCUUGGCUAAUGUGUCUUGGCUAAGGUGUCUUGGCUAAUGUGUCUCGGCUAAUGUGUCUUGGCUAAUGUGUCUUGGCUAAUGUGUAUUGGCUAAGGUGUCUUGGCUAAUGUGUCUUGGCUAAGGUGUCUUGGCUAAUGUGUCUCGGCUAAUGUGUCUUGGCUAAUGUGUCUUGGCUAAGGUGUCUUGGCUAAUGUGUCUUGGCUAAGGUGUCUUGGCUAAUGUGUCUCGGCUAAUGUGUCUUGGCUAAGGUGUCUCGGCUAAGGUGUCUCAGCUAAUGUGUCUUGGCUAAUGUGUCUUGGCUAAGGUGUCUUAGCUAAUGUGUCUCGGCUAAGGUGUCUUGGCUAAGGUGUCUCGGCUAAUGUGUCUUGGCUAAGGUGUCUUGGCUAAGGUGUCUUGGCUAAUGUGUCUUGGCUAAGGUGUCUUGGCUAAUGUGUCUUGGCUAAGGUGUCUUGGCUUAUGUGUCUUGGCUAAUGUAUCUCGGCUAAUGUGUCUUGGCUAAGGUGUCUUGGCUAAUGUGUCUUGGCUAAUGUGUCUUGGCUAAUGUGUCUUGGCUAAGGUUUCUUGGCUAAUGUGUCUUGGCUAAGGUGUCUUGGCUAAUGUGUCUUGGCUAAGGUGUCUUGGCUAAGGUGUCUUGGCUAAGGCGUCUUGGCUAAUGUGUCUUGGCUAAUGUGUCUUGGCUAAGGUGUCUUGGCUAAUGUGUCUUGGCUAAGGUGUCUUGGCUAAUGUGUCUCGGCUAAUGUGUCUUGGCUAAGGUGUCUUGGCUAAGGUGUCUUGGCUAAGGUGUCUUGGCUAAUGUGUCUCGGCUAAUGUGUCUUGGCUAAGGUGUCUUGGCUAAUGUGUCUCAGCUCAUGUGUCUUGGCUAAGGUGUCUUGGCUAAGGUGUGUUGGCUAAUGUGUCUCGGCUAAUGUGUCUUGGCUAAGGUGUCUUGGCUAAGGUGUCUUGGCUAAGGUGUCUUGGCUAAUGUGUCUUGGCUAAGGCGUCUUGGCUAAUGUGUCUUGGCUGAGGUGUCUUGGCUAAUGUGUCUUGGCUAAGGUGUCUUGGCUAAUGUGUCUUGGCUAAGGUGUCUUGGCUAAUGUGUCUCGGCUAAGGUGUCUUGGCUAAGGUGUCUCGGCUAAUGUGUCUUGGCUAAGGUGUCUUGGCUAAGGUGUCUUGGGUAAUGUGUCUUGGCUAAGGUGUCUUGGCUAAUGUGUCUUGGCUAAUGUGUCUUGGCUAAGGUGUCUUGGCUAAUGUGUCUUGGCUAAUGUGUCUUGGCUAAUGUGUCUCGGCUAAUGUGUCUUGGCUAAGGUGUCUUGGCUAAGGUGUCUUGGCUAAUGUGUCUUGGCUAAUGUGUCUUGGCUAAGGUGUCUUGGCUAAGGUGUCUUGGCUAAUGUGUUUCGGCUAAGGUGUCUUGGCUUAGGUGUCUCGGCUAAGGUGUCUUGGCUAAUGUGUCUCGGCUAAUGUGUUCCGUUUAAUGUGUCUUGGCUUAGGUGUCUUGGCUAAUGUGUCUUGGCUAAGGUGUCUUGGCUAAUGUGUCUUGGCUAAUGUAUCUCGGCUAAUGUGUCUCGGCUAAGGUGUCUUGGCUAAUGUGUCUCGGCUAAUGUGUCUUGGCUGAUGUGUCUUGGCUAAUGUGUCUUGGCUAAGGUGUCUUGGCUAAUGUGUCUCGGAUAAGGUGUCUUGGCUAAUGUGUCUUGGCUAAGGUGUCUUGGCUAAUGUGUCUCGGCUAAUGUGUCUUGGCUUAUGUGUCUUGGCUAAUGUGUCUUGGCUAAUGUGUCUUGGCUUAUGUGUCUCGGCUAAUGUGUCUUGGCUAAUGUGUCUUGGCUAAUGUGUCUUGGCUAAUGUGUCUUGGCUAAUGUGCUUUGGCUAAUGUGUCUUGGCUAAUGUGUCUCGGCUAAUGUGUCUUGACUAAUGUGUCUCGGCUAAUGUGUCUUGGCUAAGGUGUCUUGGCUAAUGUGUCUUAGCUAAUGUGUCUUGGCUAAUGUGUCUCGGCUAAUGUGUCUCGGCUAAGGUGUCUUGGCUAAGGUGUCUUGGGUAAUGUGUCUUGGCUAAGGUGUCUUGGCUAAUGUGUCUUGGCUAAGGUGUCUUGGCUUAUGUGUCUCGGCUAAUGUGUCUUGGCUAAGGUGUCUUGGCUAAGGUGUCUUGGCUUAAGUGUCUCGGCUAAGGUGUCUUGGCUAAUGUGUCUUGGCUAAUGUGUCUUGGCUAAGGUGUCUUGGCUAAGGUGUCUUGGCUAAGGUGUCUUGGCUAAUGUGUCUUGGCUAAGGUGUCUUGGCUAAUGUGUCUUGGCUAAUGUGUCUUGGCUAAGGUGUCUUGGCUAAUGUGUCUUGGCUAAGGUGUCUUGGCUAAUGUGUCUUGGCUAAGGUGUCUCGGCUAAUGUGUCUUGGCUAAUGUGUCUUGGCUAAUGUGUCUUGGCUAAUGUGUCUUGGCUAAUGUGUCUUGGCUAAGGUGUCUUGGCUAAUGUGUCUCGGCUAAGGUGUCUUGGCUAAUGUGUCUUGGCUAAGGUGUCUUGGCUAAUGUGUCUUGGCUAAUGUGUCUUGGCUAAUGUGUCUUGGCUAAGGUGUCUUGGCUAAUGUGUCUCGGCUAAUGUGUCUUGGCUAAUGUGUCUUGGCUAAGGUGUCUUGGCUUAUGUGUCUUGGCUAAGGUGUCUUGGCUAAUGUGUCUUGGCUAAUGUGUUUUGGCUAAGGGUUCUUGGCUAAGGUGUCUUGGCUAAGGUGUCUUGGCUAAGGUGUCUUGGCUAAGGUGUCUUGGCUAAUGUGUCUCGGCUAAGGUGUCUUGGCUAAGGUGUCUCGGAUAAUGUGUCUUGGCUAAUGUGUCUUGGCUAAUGUGUCUUGGCUAAGGUGUCUUGGCUAAUGUGUCUCGGCUAAUGUGUCUCAGCUAAGGUGUCUUGGCUAAGGUGUCUCGGCUAAGGUGUCUUGGGUAAUGUGUCUUGGCUAAUGUCGGCGCCUACCGUUAGGCAAUUAGAUUUCAGUAAUAAUUUGUGCGUAUGUGUGUAAUUUAAGCAAUUUAAAUAUGUAAAUGUGAAUAGGGAACUAGGAUAGAUGUAAGUGAAUUAUGUAUAAUAUAGAAAUUAGUCUAAGUUGAGUCAGCACCGUGUUCACAUCAUCCCUGGAUCUUCAUCCGAACGAGCUAUCGAACAUUUGGUCCUUCGAACCGGAUAGGAGGAGCCAAACAGUAAGAAACCCAACGUUCUGAAUGCUGAAUAACGAUCUCAGGAGGACAACUGUACGAAACGUUGCUUAUGAAGUGUCGAACUGGGUAGAGCGCUGCAUACGUAUACGAGGUCAUCGAUCGAUCACGCUGAUCGAAAGAACAGUGCGUGCGUGUUAGGUUGCUCACAGAAUACGAGAAGCUUCAAAAUUGGAUUGUUUCAAGGAGAUCAUCGAGUUGGGACAGUGUCAUCAUCCGUAGCCUGAAGUACAAGCGCUGCGCGUGCAUAUCGUGAUUGUAAAAUUUGUCCAUGUCAAGCAUAACGUAACAUAAGUAUUUGUGUGUAACCAAGUGUGUAAGAAGCGUCGCACAAACUAACACCGUGAACAAGCAUAGGAUUAGUCGGAGAAGUGUGCGUGUUACUACGUUUGCGCGCGAAUUGAGGACUUCGGCCAUCGCCUUUCACGCAAUUGCGUCGUUUCGAGUAGUGGUGUAGGAUCACAGACGGGAGACGCUACAGUGUGGCACAUAGUUUCCGCACAAGAGUGAAUAUCUGCAAGUAAGAAAAUGAGUAAACAAAUACAGACGGUGAAGCGGAAAUAUCUCGAUACGUUAAGGUGCGUUGAUUUCUUCGUUGAAUUCAUAAAUGAGUAUAAUGCAGAGGAACAUGCGUCUCAGCUGGAAGGUCAGUUAGGAGCGUUGGAAGAAGCAAGAAAGACAUUUGAGAGUGUACGCGAAAAAUUACUGGGUGAAGACGAGUGCGAUAUUGAGGCCCUAUGUACGGAAAAACGAGAAUAUUAUAAAAAAUACCAACAGGUUAAAGGAUUCAUUGUGGCUCGUCAAAAGAGCGAAGAAGUAGGCUCGUUACCAGCAGCAAAUAGCACAAGCGUAAAUCAAUCGAUGUUGUGCCAUCCCAAAUUGCGUUUACCGACCAUUGACCUUCCGUCGUUCGAUGGCGACAUCACAAAAUGGUUAACGUUUAAGGACAGAUUUACGUCAAUGGUUCAUGAGGCGGUUGAAGUUCCUGAAGUUACGAAGUUGCAAUAUUUACUAUCUGCAUUAAAGGGAAAUGUAGCAACCCAAUUCGAUCACACGCAGUUAAUAGCCGACAAUUACGAACCUACUUGGCAGAGUUUGCAUACGCGAUACGAUGACACAAAGACGAUUAAAAGAGAAUACUUCAAAGCGUUGUAUCAUCUAGAAGCAAUGAAUGAUUCCUCGGGAGAAGAGUUAGCGCGGAUUGUAAAUGAAGUGAAACGAUUGGUUCGGGGAAUGGAAAGACUCAAGGAGCCAAUAGACAAAUGGGACACCCCCUUAACAAGCUUGAUUAUGUUCAAAAUGGAGGCUACUAGUUUAUUGGCAUGGGAACUAGCUUCAGCAGAUACAAAAUACGAUACAUAUCAGGGACUAAUCGAAUUUUGCGAAAAACGAAUCAAAGUGUUAACCAAUUCCAAAAUAUACAAUGUGCGGACUAUCGAUACGAGACCAGCCAAGAUGAUGAGUAACACGCGAACGCCUGUUAUACGUAAAGAAGCAAGGUUUAAUAUAAGGGGAACUCCUACGAUGGCACAUGUAGAACAAACGGAUGAAAGGUUUAAGACAGAAUGCCCGGUGUGUAAAGAAGAUCAUACUUUGUUCAAGUGUUCGAAAUUUGAGAGCAUGGGUCUCGAGCAACGGCUCAAUAUAGUAAAAGAACAGAAUUUGUGCUAUAAUUGUCUUAAGCGAGGACACGGAGUGCGUCAGUGUAGAUCGUCUUAUCGUUGCGUUCAAUGUAAAAAGCGCCACCACACCAUGCUAUGCAGCCGACCAAAGGAAGCAUCAGUAGCAGUACCACCAGUCGUAAAUGCCACUAUGCACAACAGGAAUUUAGAGAAGCGAAAGACUAUUUGGCUUUCUACAGCCCAAGUGCUUCUGUUAGAUUCAUGCGGUAAAGAAAUUCCUGCCAGGGCAUUAUUGGACAUGGGAGCCCAGUCCAAUUUCAUGACGGAAAGAUUGGCUCAACAAUUGGGACUGAGUAGACAGCGGAUGCUAAGCUCGUUAUCUGGAGUAGGUGCAAUGGCAUUAACAGCAAAUAGUAUGGUAACGGCAACAGUAAGAUCAAGAGUGUCAAGGUUUUCUGCAGUACUAGACUUUGUUGUGUUACAACGGGUAACGGCAGAUGUUCCGGCUCAGACAGUGAAUGUUGAUUGAUGGAAUAUUCCAAGUGGUGUGAGAUUAGCAGAUCCUACAUUCUUUAAGUCGGAAAGGGUAGAUCUAUUAAUUGGAGCUGAGUUGUUUGCGGAUCUAUUAGAAAAGGGCCAUAUUAAGGUUGCACCUCAUUUGCCAAGCCUGUUAAAGACCAAAUUUGGGUGGAUUGUGAGCGGACCAAUGCGAGACAGCAUCGAGUACAGUAACAACAGUGUUUUGUGUCAUUGUGUCCAAGAAGAGAAUCUGAUCGAGUUAAUGAGACAUUUUGCCGCCCUUGAAGACAUUCCUCAAGAAAAGGAAACAUCAGAAGAAGGCUUGAGUUGUGAAAGGUUCUACUGCGAUACUACGAUCCAAAACGAAGAAGGUAGAUACGUGGUACAGUUGCCAAAGGUGAGAGAAUACGAAAAACAAUUGGGAGACUCAAAGGAAACCGCGUUGAGGCGAUUAUUAUCGAUUGAACGGCGACUGAAGAAAGAUGAAGCCAUGAAAAAGGAAUACGUAGAGUUUAUGGAAGAAUACGAACAGUUAGGUCACAUGACGAAGGUGGCGAGCUACAAUAAUGUUGAAUUGGAAGUUGGAAAGGACUAUUAUUUGCCCCAUCACGCAGUCUGGAAAAGGGAAAGUACCACUACUAAGUGUAGAGUGGUGUUCGACGCUUCGUGUAAGUCUAGUUCUGGGCGAUCACUGAACGACAUUUUACUGACUGGUCCAACAAUUCAAGAAAACAUUAUUCCAAUUCUGUUGCGUUUUCGAAUGAAGAAAGUGGCAUUAGUCGCAGACGUAGCCAAAAUGUAUCGUCAGGUUUUAGUAGCGAAAGAAGACAGAAAGCUGCAACGUAUUCUAUGGAGGAAAGAAAGCGAAGAACCUAUUUCCGUGUAUGAGCUGAAUACUGUGACUUAUGGCACAGCGUGUGCACCAUUUCUCGCCAUAAGAACUUUGCUACGAGUGUUUGAAGACUAUGGUCGUCACUAUCCAGAGGCUUUGAAGAGUAAGGAUGAUUUUUAUGUUGAUGAUCUUGUAUCAGGUGCAGACUCUAUCGAAGAAGCAAAACCAAUAGCAAAGCAGUUAGAUGAGCUUAUGAACAAAGCAGGAUUCAGCCUUAGAAAAUGGGCUUCAAACUACUCAGAAACGCUAGAAGAUAUUCCACAACAAAGGCAAUGUGAAUCAGUUGCAGUUGAGCAAGCCAGCAAAUCAUCAAUAUCCCUUUUGGGGCUAUUAUGGACUCCAAGAUCUGAUAGGAUGCAACUGAACAUAAAGGGGAUAGAACAACAAACUAGCUACUCCGGGAAGCAAAUCCUAUCGUGUAUUGCUCGUAUGUACGAUCCUCUGGGAAUCAUAGAUCCUGUAAAGAUGAAAGCAAAGAUGUUCAUGCAGCGUGUGUGGUCGUAUAAAGAGUCACGAGGCUCUGGUUGGAACUGGGAUAAUCCCCUCCCUGAUGAGCUGCAAGUAGAAUGGAAGAACUUUUACGCUGAGUUGAAGUAUUUAAGUGAUGUUAGUGUUCCGAGAACAGUGAUCGAUAGAGCAGAGGACAAUUAUCAGAUACACAUAUUUUGUGACGCCUCAGAGAAAGGCUACGGCGCUUGUUGCUAUAUCCGUAGUCGGAAUAGUCAUUCAGGAGAAAUAGUGGUCAGAUUAUUCAUAUCAAAGUCAAAGGUAGCGCCUCUUUCAAAAAAACUCACCAUUGCAAGGCUUGAGCUGUGUGGGGCAUUACUAGCAAGCAAUCUGUACCAGUUAGUGCAACGAGCGGUUGCCAAAGAAGUCACAUGCUACAUGUGGACAGACUCGAUGACGGCAUGGUAUUGGAUAAACUCUCCUAGUGACAGGUGGAAACCCUUUGUGGCGAAUAGAACAAGAAGGAUUCAAGCGAAAACUCAGAACUGUAUAUGGAAACACAUUCCUGGUGUUGACAAUCCUGCAGACUUGGUAUCAAGAGGAACUGAUGCCAAAGCUCUAAUUGAUGCAAGGCAAUGGUGGGCGGGGCCCUCAUGGCUCCCCUUAGACGAGGAUAUGUGGCCAGUUUCACCGAAUCAAAAACCGAUAACCACAGAAGAGGAACGAACAUCAGUGUUACUAGUCUCUUCACCGGUUGAAGAGUCUUUUAGUGAUAGGUUGUUCGAGCGCUGCUCAACAUACACGGCUCUACGCAAAGGUGUUGGUUAUUGGUUACGUUAUUUAAACCUCUUGCGUGCUAGAAGAAAAGGUGCCAAAACUCCAGGGCAUACCAGCAGUGGUCUAAGUACGGAAGAAUUGGUAGAAACUGACAAGUUCUUAUACCGGCUUGCACAGAGGGAUCAGUUUUCUGAAGAGUUUAAGGCAAUGUUAGCAAAGAAAUGUGUACCAAGAACUUCUCCAUUACGGUUCUUGAAUCCGUUUAUAGAUGAUCAAGGCCUAAUGCGUGUUAACGGACGUUUAGCGAACUCACAGCUUGAUAGUGACAUGAAACAACCGAUACUUAUCCCGAAAAACCACCGUUUAACGAACUUGUUAGUACAGCAUUAUCAUCUAAAGCUAUUACAUGCGGGUCCACAAUUGAUGAUUUCCACCAUAAGGCAAAGUUUGUGGAUCAUAGGAGUGAGAUCGGUAGCUAGAAGUGUUUACCACAAGUGCAUGCGUUGCUUUAAGGUAAAUCCAAAACACAUCAAUCAACCCAUGGGAAAUUUACCUCCGAGCAGAGUAACCGAGGCCAGGGCAUUUGCAGUGUCCGGUGUCGACUAUGCUGGUCCGGUUUACGUCAAAGAAAGGCAUCGCAGAGCAGCACCAACGAAAGCAUUUGUGGCAGUGUUCGUGUGCUUCGUGACACACGCAGUGCACUUGGAGCUUGUAUCGGAUCUGAGUACGGCUGCAUUUAUCUCCGCGCUAAGAAGGUUUGUCGCUCGGAGAGGUCUGGUAUCAGAACUAUACUCAGACAACGGAACCAACUUUAAAGGCGCCUCGAAUGAACUGCACCAGUUGUACCAGCUCCUUCAAUCAACCCACCAUCGAGAAGCCGUAACUACCUGGAGUGCUGACAAGGGAUUCAAAUGGAAGUUCAUACCGCCCCGUGCACCACAUUUCGGAGGUCUAUGGGAGUCAGCUGUGCGGUCCAUGAAACACCAUCUCCAGCGAGUUCUUGGAACAGCAUCUACAUCGUUUGAAGAUUUGGUGACGUUGUUGGCAGAAAUCGAGUUAUGCCUGAACUCUCGGCCAAUAACACCGUUAUCACAUGAUCCAUCUGAUUUGCAAGCACUAACCCCAGGUCACUUUCUUACUGGUUACCAUUUGCAGGUUAUUCCUGAUAUCGCAUUGAAGGACAUUCCGGAGAACCGUUUAAACCACUGGCGCGUGGUACAAAAACGUUUGCAACACUUCUGGGCGAGGUGGAGUACCGAGUAUUUACAACAGCUCCAUGCCAGAAGCAAGUGGAAUUGCGAAGCAAUCGAGAUCAAACCUGGAAUGUUAGUGAUAAUACGCGAAGAUAAUGUACCCCCUUUGAAAUGGCCUUUAGCACGAAUAACAAAUAUUCAUCCCGGUACGGAUGGUGUGGUUAGGGUAGUCACAAUGAAAACGGCACAAUCAAAAGAAGUAAAGCGUCCUGUAACAAGAAUAUGCAUCCUUCCCAUUGACAGUAAUAGCAAACAUGAAGAAGAAAACACAAUAGAUGAAAAUAAGCGCAGCGAAACUUAAAAAAAAAAAAACGUUUUUUUGGUGGGCGGGAAUGUCGGCGCCUACCGUUAGGCAAUUAGAUUUCAGUAAUAAUUUGUGCGUAUGUGUGUAAUUUAAGCAAUGUAAAUAUGUAAAUGUGAAUAGGGAACUAGGAUAGAUGUAAGUGAAUUAUGUAUAAUAUAGAAAUUAGUCUAAGUUGA